AUGCAUAAAACAACACUUGAAUUGAUAAAUGACUAUAAAAUUGAGAGAUUUCUUGUGUAUAACGGAGACUUCGAUACGGUUUGCAAUUUUAUUGGUGACCAACGAUUUGUCGAUGGACUGGGAUUCAAAAAAAUUGGACGUUAUAGUCCGUGGACUGUAGACGGAAAGCCUGAUGGAGUGAUCGGUGGUUUCGUAGAGAAGUACGAGAAAGGCUUGAGUUUUGUGCUGAUUCGUGGGGCCGGACAUAUGGUCCCUCACGAUAAACCAGAGGCUGCCCUUCAAAUGUUUAAAGACUUGAUUGGUGUCUCGAAAUUAUAA